UCUCUCUCUGCCCCACCCCUGCUUGUGCUCUGUCUCUCUCUGUCUUUCAAAAAUGAAUAAACAUAAAAAAAUUUAGAAUAUUAAACCACUGCAGACACUCUAAAUGUAUAGACUGAGCUGUAAACUUCUUAUUUAAAGAUAUUACAUCUCUUCAUUUUCCCUUCAGCAAAAUCAAUGUAGUUAUUUUGUUUGUCUUAACCAGAUCAGCCUGCUGCAUGGUUGGUCUGAUCUGUGAUGGCAGUGUUGGUCACUGAAACAGAAGCCUGGUGUGGACAUCCAUGCAACGAUCGUCAGACUGUCCUCCGAACCAAACCUCAGCUGCAUCCCAAGUAGUAUCUUUGAUGCAGACAAAUCAUUAAGGGAUUCCAUUUUGGCUCUUUUUAACCAUCAAAAAUCAGUUUGGUUUUAGUGCAAAAUAUACUUACCCUCCCAACUUCUAUCUUCAUGGGAAAAAUUGAACGAGCAUUUCCAAAAGAGAAGAAGCUUAGCCAUUUCCCUCUACCAUUUCCUCAAUUUGAUUCAUUCUGAAUUUUACAAUAUUAAGGAUGGCAUCAUCCUAAGUAAGAUAAGUAAAGUCCAGCAAAGUGAUUGGCGGGAUAAUGGAAGAAAAUGUGGAUGCCCUGUGUGUUGGGGGGGAGAGAUGGACAUUGCCAAGGGAAGUGAUGAACCAACAACAUGGAGGUCAUGGGAAUUGCUGUCACAACUUCUAGAGAUCAGCCAAAAACCACGAAGUGAGUUUUCUUUUUAAUUUUAAAUAUUCUGCAUAAAAAUGUGGGAUAAUAUCACUGUUACAUGGGCUUAAAAGUUCACCGGUAAGCCUGGGCAUUCUAUUUGUUAGUUGAACACUAGUAUCUUGAGUUGGCUGCACCAGGAACCACAGCUUGAAAGCACCUGCGUCUAAAAUAAUAUCCUGUUCCUACAUUGACAGCAUGGGUACCAGGUAAGCUGUUGUCCAAUCUCACACUAUUGAGAAUUUUCCAGAAAGAGACAUAUUUAAUUCAGGCUGCCAUACAAUAAGUAACAUGGUCCUCUCUCUUCUAAUACACUCACAGGUACGUUUGAUAGGGGGUGAGGAUACACAGCUGACUGGCCAGCUCGUGCCACCCGGUGAAUGUUCCAUGACAGGUACUGGCUUCAGCAGUCUUGAUUCCAGAGUUUCUUUGACCAAUGAUUACCAUGUGGCUUCCAUAUUCCCUGUCUUUGAAUGGGAGUUUCUAUUACGGUUUUCCUGUUCCUGGUGUACAGUUGUAUGUUGGGGAGAUGAGGGAGAGAAAGUCUAUCUCAUCUGCUCACAGGUCUCCAAACCAAGUGGAAGGGUGCCUGAUGAAUGUCCUCUGCACCUGGAUUUAGGGGGGUGGCCAUACUUCUCACAGGAAAGCUGGGCUCCCAGAAAAUGCAAAAAGCCAGAGCUGUCAGGCCUUCUCCAGCCUCAGGCCUGGAGCUGGGACCACAUUGCUUCCAUCUUUUUUGUUUUUCGAUGCAAGUUUCAGGCCCAGCUCAGAUUUAAGGAGCAGGCACUACACAGAGGUGUGAAUACCAGGGAGUGUGGUUUCUCUUGGCACGCCACUGUAAGGGACUACAAAGUGCGAUCCUCAGUGCCUACAGGCGGAAGCAGCAAGUCUAAAAAUGAAGCUUGCAGAACACUCAUGUGGCUCGUGCAAAAUGUGGAGAUGUCAAGAAAGGAAGAUGGCUGUGUAGUGACGGAUGCUAGUCUCCCAAGGACGGACUAAGUAGGAAAAGAGGGCCCCUGGAGGAAGGAAGACUAUCCCAGUUGUCAUCUGGAACAUUCAUUGUUUUGACUGAACUCAUCCGUUGCAGUAUCAUAGAAGAGAAUGAAUUUUAUCACAACUGCUGUGAAUUACGCUUUAGAAAAAUCAGACUCUGGAUGUAGAAAUCAUCUGUUUCAGGAGUGAAUGCGUUCCUGAAAAGUUCUUAUUCUUGAUGCCGACGUCUUGUAAAGAUUUAUAAAGUAAAAGGAAAUAAAAGGGGCGUGCUAUCCCUACCAAACCUUAGGUAUUUUAGCUCAGGGCCACAGCCCUGCAGAGGAAGACAGGUAUCGGAAGCAAUCUUGGAUAUCAGAAGACCACCAUUUACACUUCUGUUAUCCUGUUUUUUUAUGUAUUAUUCAAGGUCCUGCCAAAAUAGGAAUUAAAGGGCAGCUGUCAAAAUGACAGCUUAAAAAUAA